UUCAAACUUAACCUCAAUAAACCAGUUUGUUAUUUUAGUAACCGUCGUGCUUUAUUGUUAUUCUUUGCAUUUGCUUUGUUUUGUUGUGUUUAUUUGUAGUAUUAGUGCAUUAUUUCAUAAAACAUGAGUUCCCCAAUCCCCGACACACCAGACAGAGAUGGCGCCAGGUCGCGUAUGACGUCACCAGCGCGGGAUUAUGAAAUGUUUGAAGAUGAGAGCGCCAUCCUUGGAGACAAUCCUGCUGAUGAGGAGGAGGAUGAUGGAGAGGAACUAUUCAAUGAUAACAUGGAGGCAGACUACCGUCCAAUGCCAGCGCUGGAUCGCUACGACAAUGAAGAUCUGGACGAUGAUGAGUAUGACCCCAUGUCCAUCCAGGACCGCAUGGCUGCUGAGCAAGAGCUGCGCAGGCGCGAUAGGGAUGACGGCAGGAUGAGAAGAGAUGACAGAGAUCUGUUGUAUGAUGAAUCAGAUGACGAAAAUGCAGAUGCCCCGCGCGCUAAACGUCGUCGCGCGGCUGAGAAGGCUGCGAUGGGCACAGAGGAACAAGUAGAGGAGGGGAUUGAGAGUAUUGAGAAUCUUGAGGACACAAAAGGCUACACCACUAAGGAGUGGGUGUCCAUGUUGGGGCCUAGGACUGAAAUUGCUAAUAGGUUCAAGAACUUCCUCCGCACAUACACAAACAGUAAAGGUCAGUUUGUAUACAAGGAGCGCAUCCGUCGCAUGUGCGAGCAUAACCAGGCUUCAUUCCACGUGGAGUUCGAUGUGCUAGCGCGUCGGCAACAAGUCCUGGCGUACUUCCUGCCAGAAGCACCAUUUCAGAUGCUGCAAAUAUUUGAUGAGGUGGCAAAAGACAUAGUCCUCCAAAUAUUCCCAAGUUAUGAGCGAGUCACAUCAGAAAUCCACGUCAGAAUAUCAGAUCUACCGCUCAUAGAAGAACUGAGAACCUUCCGCAAGCUGCAUCUCAACCAGCUAGUAAGGACUGUAGGCGUCAUCACAUCGACGACCGGCGUGCUACCACAGCUCUCGGUCGUAAAGUACGAUUGUAACCGCUGUGGUUACAUUCUGGGACCGUUUGUGCAGAGUCAGAAUUCUGAAGUGAAACCAGGAUCUUGUCCCGAGUGUCAGAGCUCUGGGCCUUUUAUGGUAAACAUGGAACAAACAGUGUACCGCAACUAUCAAAAAGUAACGAUCCAGGAGUCGCCAGGGCGCAUUCCUGCUGGACGGAUCCCUCGCAGCAAGGACUGCAUUCUGUUAGCGGAUCUGUGUGACCGCUGCAAGCCUGGGGAUGAAGUGGACCUCACCGGCAUUUACACUAAUAAUUACGAUGGGUCACUGAAUACAGAACAGGGCUUCCCAGUAUUCGCAACAGUGAUUAUAGCAAACUACAUAGUAGUGAAAGAUUGCAAACACAUUGUAGAAUCGUUGACAGAUGAAGAUGUGGCAAACAUUGUCAAACUGUCCAAAGAUCCGAGAAUAAGCGACAGGAUAGUGCAAAGUAUCGCGCCUUCUAUUUAUGCUCAUGAUUAUAUUAAGAGAGGAUUGGCUUUGGCGUUGUUUGGAGGGGAACCGAAAAAUCCAGGCGAGAAACACAAAAUAAGAGGCGACAUUAACGUUUUAAUUUGCGGUGAUCCCGGUACGGCCAAAUCACAGUUCCUGAAAUACACUGAAAAGAUCGCGCCGCGGGCUAUAUUCACGACAGGGCAAGGCGCCAGCGCCGUUGGUCUAACAGCCUACGUACGGAAGAACCCCACCACACGUGAUUGGACGUUGGAAGCUGGCGCGUUGGUGCUGGCCGAUCGAGGAGUGUGUCUCAUCGACGAGUUCGACAAGAUGAACGACCAGGACCGCACGUCCAUCCACGAGGCCAUGGAGCAGCAGUCCAUCUCCAUAUCCAAGGCUGGCAUUGUCACGUCACUGCAUGCAAGAUGCUCUAUAAUAGCGGCUGCUAACCCGAUCGGCGGUCGGUACGACGCAUCGCUUACGUUCAGUGAGAACGUGAACCUCUCGGAGCCGAUCUUGUCUCGGUUCGACGUCCUGUGCGUCGUGAGGGACGAACCAGACCCCAUGCAGGACGCACAUCUCGCCAGGUUUGUAGUGAGCUCUCACAUCAGACACCAUCCGACACAGCGCGGCACAGUCCUGGAAGAUUGUAAUGCUCCAGAUCCAGAGUUUAUCCUGCCACAGGAUCUCCUCAAAAAAUACAUAGUCUACGCCCGCGAGAAUGUUCAUCCUAAAUUACAGAACAUGGAUCAAGACAAAGUGGCCAAAAUGUACAGUCAACUGCGGCAAGAAUCGUUAGCCACUGGCAGCUUACCUAUCACCGUCAGGCAUAUUGAAUCUGUGAUCCGCAUGAGCGAGGCGCACGCGCGCAUGCACCUGCGCGCGCAGGUGUCGGAGGAGGACGUCAACGUCGCCAUCCGCACCAUGCUCGAGAGCUUCGUCGACACGCAGAAGUACAGCGUCAUGCGCGCCAUGAGACAGACAUUCCAAAAAUACCUUUCAUACAAGAAGGACCACAGCGAACUCCUAUACUACAUUCUCCGACAACUCACAAUGGACCAACUGGCCUACAUGCGUGGCCUACACAAUCAUUCACAAUCCACCAUCGAAAUAUCAGAGAGAGACCUCAUCGAGCGAGCAAGACAGAUUAACAUAACAGACUUGAAACCAUUCUACGACAGCCGAAUAUUCAAAAUGAACAACUUCAGCUAUGAUCAGAAGAGGAAAGUCAUUGUUCACUUGAUGCCUGAAACUCCAAGUAGUUCUUAAGGAUUUGUAAUGGCAAUUAUUCUGUCAAGCAAAUUAAUGCAUGUAGUACUAAGAUUGUGUUAUGCGGAUUUUUAUUCGACACGCAAUUUUUUAUUGUUUAAAAUAUAGAUACGUAGCUGUUGAUAAGUAAACCCAGAACAUAUCCAUUUAAAAAAGAAACAGGAGAAUUCAAAUUGUCAUAAGUUUUAAUACAGUUCAAAAUGAAUUUUCUAUAAUAAUAAUAUUCUAGGAAUCGCUUUUUCCCCGUAGCUCCGCCCACCUAAAUGUUUUCCCAGAAUAGAAAUCAAUACACUUAAAAUAUACCUUGUUAUUCAGCGACAGCGAAUCUUGCCAUUACAGAAAUAAUAGUUCAUGUUUUCAAUUAUAACUAACAUACCCACUUAAGUCUAUCCUUUCAUAUUAUUGUGAAUUACAAAUUGCUAGUUGAGGGCUAUUCCGUCUACCAGGGUAUAUCCGUCUUUUUGCAAUUACGGGCGUUGUAAGCGACGAUAGCCUAGUUGGGUGUGGAACGGACUGCCGAGGCGAAUGUCCGCAGGUUCAAAUCCCAAGGGCACACACCUCUGACUUUUCUAAAGAAUCAUGUGUGUAUUCUUUGUGAAUUUAUCGUUCGCUUUAACGGUGAAGGAAAACAUCGUGAGGAAACCUGCACAUCUGAGAAGUUCUCUAUAGGAAUUUCGAAGGUGUGUGAAGUCUACCAAUCCGCACUAGGCCAGCGUGGUGGACUAAGGCCUAAUCCCUCUCAGUACUAGAGGAGGCCCGUGCUCAGCAGUGGGCAAGUAUAUAAUACAGGGCUGAUAUUAUUAAUUGCAGAGCUUCUUUCAUAAUAAUAUAGGUCAGAGUAAAAAAAUCCCUAAUUACAUAUACAACUAAAAAACUUCCGAGUAGAACGCCCGUAAUUGCAAAGGCGGACAUCGCCCAUAGACGGAAUAAGGCCACCCGACUAGAUAUCAGUAUUGCCAAAUAUUAUACGUAUUUCUAUUGGCAGUAAUUUUAGGUUAUAACACAAAUGCCAAAUAAAUAUUUAUAAAUAU